GUGAUUGGACAGAUAAAUCACUGCCGAGCUCAGCUUCACGUUUCUCUUUUUAUAUCUUUAAUGUUAAACUUCUGCGUUUUAAGACAAUGUAAACAAUACUUUAAACAGCCAAUUUAACGCGCUGGCUGGCUGGCCGGCCAAGUUCGCUAAGGUUAGCUAGACUAAACUUAGUGAAGUUGUUAGCUAACUUCAUGUUCGAAGAAAACCCAGACAUGUUACCCAUUUAGAUGUCUGUUUUCGGGCUGAUCAAAAUAUAGUCUGUCAACGUAGACAAACCCUUGAUUUUGCACUGCGAAAAUGAACUCUAUUGUCAAAAAACGAAUGGAAAAAGACCAAAUUAUCAGCUGGUUUCUUAAAACACUAAGAUAUGGCCGACGACGCACUGUUUGAGUUUCUACACAUGGAAAUGGUGGCACACAUUUACAAGGAGCAGGCUUCUCGUGCUGAGACGGAACAGGAGAGAACUACUAGUGUGUCCAUAUUAGAAGGCAUGGGGUUCAGAGUUGGACAAGGACUAAUUGAAAGGAUUACGAAGGACACGCCCGGUUUCAAAGACGACCUGGACGUCAUGAAGUUCAUCUGUAAAGAUUUUUGGAUAAGCAUGUUCCGGAAGCAAAUUGACAAUCUGAGGACAAACCAUCAGGGCACUUACGUGCUACAGGACAACAAGUUUGCUCUUCUCACCCAGCUGUCCAAUGGGAAGCAGUACAUGGAGGAAGCACCCAAAUACCUGGCGUUCUCCUGUGGGUUAGUGCGGGGCGCCCUCUGCAACCUCGGCAUGGACAGCGUGGUGACGGCAGAGGUCUCCACCAUGCCUUCCUGUAAAUUUCAGGUUGUGAUUCAGAAAACGUAAAACGGACUGCCCUUUCAGGGCUGUGGAAAGCCCCCCCCCCCCCACGCAGCAGAAAUAAGCGGAACGUCGGCAAAAAGGACUGAUCUGAAAUGUAUUAGAAGAUGGUUUUAAACCACAUGACGUCAGCUCGGGUAUGCUGUGGUCCCCAGCCUUGGUCCUGGAGAGUCGCAGGGUCUGCUGGGGUCCCCAUCUCCGGUCUUCUGAAGUCACAUGGUCUGUGGUUUUUUUGUAAGGCGAUUUAACUGUGUCAUCGAUCGAUUCAGUGCUGAGCAACAACAAAAACCAGCAGACCCUGUGACUUAUCAAGACCAGGGCUGGCGUUUGCUGUUUUCCAGAAAUGUCCCUUUAAAAAGGUGUGUGUGUGUCAGGACUGUGUGCGUUUGGGAGGGGCGGGGCUGAAAUAAGCCAAUGGUGAAGCAUAUAACGUGAUGUCAUAUACAGGAAUAUAACGAAAAGAAAAGAUUACAGGGAAAGAAUGUUUGUUGUUUCGUUGCAUUGCCUGAAAGCUUUCAAUUUGAAAAUUCUCUUUAGUUUACCUGUGGUCAUUGUUUUUUUGUUAAGAUCUGAUUUGGAUCACUGUUGACCUCAGAUCUCUGUAGAGAUGAAUGCAAGAAAGUGUCUGCCGAUGGUUUUUAUUUUAUUUUUCUUGUUUUAUUUGCCAAGAAAACAAGAAAAUGAAUGAAAAGCCAUAUUUUUUGUCUUAUUCAUCGAGAUCUUAGAUUUGUACAGUUCUCUGGUUAUAUUUUAUUUUCUAUACUAGCAUAAACUGUAUUUUCUGAAUAAUGUCAUGUAGGGCCUUAAAAGUAAUCGACUGUAUUUUCUUUGUUGUGAAUGUUGUCUUAUUGAAAUAUUGCAAGUUCAACAUUCAGACAGAGUUCAGGCACUCCCCAGUUUACUCCCCUCUAGUGGUGCAGUGCUGGUACCGCAGCCCGUUGGCAUUGAGACGUGCACACAGAGCCAAAAACAACGUCCUCUCGGCAAGGGUAACCUUCCAAAAAAGUGAUCUCGGCUUUACUGAGUUAGCGUAUUUAUUUUUAACAUUUGGCACCGCCGUUUGUUUUGGUUCUGUUUUUUCCGGUGAAGCGUCACCAUAGUAAAUUCGACUCGAGGGCAUAAACAACUAUCUGAAAUUUGUAAACAUCAAUCAGAUUCCAUCACAUGACUCACAUAUCUGAGGAAAGACUGGCAUAGUGGAAUUAGCUGCUGCGCCUCUUUCAACCACCAGGUGGCAGCGGUUCACAAGAGGGGAUUCCACAUACGAACGGCAAGCUUGGGAAGACACGCAGGUCCGGGCAGAAGCCUGCCUGGUCUGCUGUUUGGCACGCUUAACCAUUUGCGGACUGUUUGCUCGAAGGAGAUGGCCUGUCAAACCAGGUCCAUUGAAAAGUCUUGGUGAUAUCUGGGGUUUCUAUCAUUCUUCCCCGAGGGCAGGAUUGAAAAAACAGCCAUCACCAAAGUGGAACUACCAACUUCACUCGCCCCCCUAGUCCGUCCGAGUAGGAGUCUGCACUCACGGCCACACUCCAUGAAAGAUUUAAAAUUUUGAGAGAGACACAGACUAAACACAUGCACUGUGAAUUGUCCUUGGCUUAAGGAGCGGUUUCAGUAUAUCACAGUAGAGAAUACAGAGUGAACACCUGCAUAUGUGCUUCAGAGGCGGUGGAUGAAGACCUACGGGUCUAAACGUUGAGUAAAGACAUCACUUGGAGCAUAAGUGUUGGUUUUUGUUCUGGAUUUUCUAAUGAGAUGGGUUACACAGCAACUGCCUGAGCCAGAAACAUUUUUUAAGUGCAAAUGUUUUAUUGUUUGUAAACUAAGUAGCAGGGUAGGGGAGCAAUAGCAGGGAUCCCUCCAGUAGGAAAGUGUCCGACGUUCCAUUAUGAUAUUUAUUGUUUUAUUUCUUUUAACAAUCUCCGUGUGAAGGUUCAGGAGCCGUAGCCCCUUGGUUGUCUGGCCCUUGGCAGUGAGCAGCGUGUUGAGUGUAAUUUCAGAGCUGUUGGGGGAACAUGGUGUGCUUUACUAGAUGCUGCAAUCUGACAUGCUUUGGGCCGUGAAUCACCCUGAACGGAUGGGUGGACCUGUUCUGUUUGCUUACGAUUUCAGCUCAGAUAUGAGAACCACCCCCCCAACCCUCCCCACCCCACCCCCCAGCAAGGGAAGGGGGGAGAGAGAGUGCCUGCCUUCCAGGUAAUUGAUCGGGGGAGGGGAUCCAGCGCAACAAGCGACAAGUCCUCUAUGGGUUGCCGCCAUUCAAAAUGACUCAGUUUACCAUAUUCAUGUGGCAAAACAAAAGAAAAAAAACGAAACCAUUGAUCACACAGUUUUUUUGGAUCAUUUAAAUGAAUUCUAUGGUUUUAAUAUGAAGCAAAUUCAUAGGUCGGUUUGUGGAGGUUAGAUGGCGUCCCUUGUUCAUAUUUCUCCAAUUAAAGGUCUGUCCCCAUCUGAAUUCAAGGUCAUGAUCAUUUAACUGAACAUUUUCAUUUGUAGUGCAUAUUUCAAAUGUGAAUAAACCUAGAAGUUUGUUUUCAAGAAGCUCUUGACAGGAACUACAUUCCUGAGGUCUGCAUUUGCUAUGACGUGUCACACACAGUUGAUUGAAUAUUAUUAUGAUGAAUAGUUAUGUAUGUGCGUGAGAAUUUUACGUCCAAGGGGUUAUAUGUGUCAGCCCGUACAAAAGCGGGGAUUUUUAAUGAAAAUGUAGUUUAGAGAUCACCUGGGGUACAUGGAUCGGUUUGUGGGCUGGGCUUUACGCUGAGUGAAUCUGGGACAGACUAUUAAAUAUUUGUGCUGCCAUAUUUUGAAACAGAAGCAAACUGCCAUUCAAAAGCCACGAGGUAGAAAACCUGAAAAUAGCAUCACCAUGGCUCAUAGAUUGCGUGACUGCUUGGCAUGACGAAAUA